AUGGAUCUUAGAAAAACGCUUUUGAAUAAUUUCGACGUCGUUAAAAUCAACGAAAAGAAAAAAAAUGGCGGACAUGAUGACGAUGACGAUGAUGACGUCGCCGAUGAAAAUCCAACGGUAAAAAUUGAAAAAUUUUUAAAAAAAUUAUAUCCGAAUCCCUAUCGAAUACAAGAGGGAGAAUGGAUUUAUGCUUCGGUAAUGGAGAGAAAAAAAAUAGAAAAAAAUCAUCAUCGUCCUCAUUCGAAUAAUGAUAAUAAUAUUUUGUUACGAAAAAGGCUAAAAUCUAUGGAAUCGAAUCGCGAUUCUCGCGCAACUCUCGAUAUCGUCGAUAUAAAUAAAAAAAGGGAAAAAAGGAAAAAGGUGGAAAUAAGUUCUAGGGAAAGUUCCGUAUCGAGUUAUAGAGAAUGUAGAAAAAAAAAAUUUUUAGAAGGGAAAACGUGUGAUGUCGAAGACAAAAAUUUUCCUACGUUUGCGACAAACGACGAAUUCAAAAUGGAUGACAUAAUUCGUGAAAGAAUAAGAAAAAUGAACGAAACGAAAAGGAUUAAUUAUAAAAGUAAUAAAAUAAUACAAUAUUUAAAACAGUUAAACAACGAAAAAAAUUUUAACGUUAUUAAAAAAAAAGAUGCGGUUAAAUAUGUUAAAAACAUGGAGGAACGAAAAAAAACAAAGAGUAAAAAAGGAAAUUCGUCCACGGCCAUCAUCCAUAAACAAAAUGGCGUCCACGUAAAAGAAAUGAAAAAAAAUUUAUUCGUAGAACCGGCAAAAAUCAAUUUAAACAAAUCGGAUGAAGAAAAUUUUUUUAGAAAUAAAAAAUUCGAAAAUGGGAAAAAAAACGUUCGAGUUUUAGAUUUAGAUAUUAAAAAAAUUAAAAAAAAUAAAUUUAAAGAUGAUAAAUAUAAAAAUGGCGACGUUAUAAUUAAUAAAAAAAAUGAUAAUGAGUCCGUCGUUUUGAAUUCGUCCGUUGAUUAUUUGUUCGAUGAUAAAAAUAAUAACGGAAAAUCUGAUGACGUAAUAAAUUUUAAAAACGAAUCCAAAUUUUUUUUUAAAAAUGAUGAAAAUUUAUCGAAUUCGACCGGAGGAGAAUUUAAAAAAGAUUUUUCUAUAACCGACGCGAGAUCAAAUAUAUCAAACCGUCAUUUUGCCGAACGUGAUGACGUCAACGUUGACGAAGACGACGGCAAAUCGGCGGCAAAUCGAUCGAAAUCGAAUUUACCAGAAUAUUACAAUGAUGAUGAUGAUGAUGAUGAUGGUGCCAACGAUUACAAAUUGAAAAAUCAUCAUCAUCAUCAUCAUCAUAAAUUCGAUUGCGAUAACGAUAAAAUUUUAUACAAAUAUCAAAAAAGGAGAAAAUCAGGUACGUCGUGUAAAAAUUUUCCCAUUCCGGAAAAAAACGAACGACAAAUAUCAUUUCGUACGGGAAAUUCUGACGUCAUAGAGAGAAGAAGACGUCGAGUCGUUGAUACUCGUCGUCGCUCUGACUUUUCUUUAUUAUCGACAUCAAACGGUGGUAAAAUUUCAACAGCAGAAGAAAAUAACGAAUUUGGAAAAGAGUACAAGGAAGAAAUCCCUGAGAAAAAUGUUUUCGUACCAUCUUGCGGUGAUACAUUUUCCGCCGCGUCUAAAAAUUUUCUACCCGUCAAACAUAUGAAUAAUAAUAAUAAUAAAAAUGAUAAAAAUGAUAAAAAUGAUCCGUGGACGAAAACUAUUGAAAAAGUAUUUAAAACGGAAGAAAAAUUACUUUUGUUAAAUUCUAAAUAUUCGAAAGAUUUAAUGAUAGCAAAACAUCAUCAUCAUCAUCAUCAUCAUCAUCAUCCACAUCCUUGUAAAAAUUCAAUGACGAAAAAAAAUCAGACAUAUUGGCAAAAUUCAAAAAAAAAUUCUUAUUAUUACGAUAAUGGCGAAUACGAUUUUUUCGAUUCAUUCUUUCAAAAUUUCAAUAAUCACAAUUCGAAUUUUUUCAUUUGCGUUAAUUCAUUCCCGAGAAAUUUAAGAACGGCGGAAAGAAGACGAAAUCUCACGUCGUUCACAUCGUCAUGUCUACUUUUCGACGAAAAUAAUAAUAAUAAUAAUAAUAAUUCAUCGACCGCUUUAAAAUCUUUACGUUAUUUAUCGAGCGAAACACUCGUCGCACCGGAAAUACCUCAAACGGUAUCGAUAUCACACGUAAAAAAUGUUUUUUUUUUAAUAGACGUACUAAAUAAAGUAAAAAUUCUAAGGAAAAUUUUUUUCUACCGCGAUAAUUUCAUUCAAAACUUUUGUACGAAAAAAGAUAACAUGUAUAAAAGUUCGGAAUGUUUCGUGAGUUACAAAAUGGCGGAGGCGGCGUCGGCGGCGGCGGAAACGACGGAGGAACCGGAAAAGAAAUCCCUUUUCUCAUCUUCUUCCACGCCCGUUUGUAGAGCAUUACUACCGAAAAAUCAUUCUUCGUUAAAUAUUUUACCUUUUGAACCUCGUCGUGAAAAAUCAUCGGCAGAAAAUUCAUUAAACAUGAUUGAAUUAGAAGAAGCCAUCGAGGAAACGGAAAUAAAAGUUAACAAACUCGAAGAAAAUUUUACGACGAACGAACAAAAAAAAGAGAUACCAUGCCUUGAAAGUGCGGAUAAUGACGUCAUCAAUAUUGAAUUACCCAUGUUGAUGUCGGAAAAUAACAACAACAAUAACAACGAGGACGACAAACAAAAAAUCGAAGAUUUACUCGUUAGAACGUAUUCGGUACAGCAAAAACUUUAUAGGUACCUACAAAAAGUGGCAAAAGAACCUGCGUCCACGUGUUCUCUCGUACGUAACGAAUCGUAUUCUGAUUUGUGCGUUUUAUACGAGGGCAAAGUUCAAACUGAUUCAUUACCCUUCAACAUCGAAAUAAAACCGAUUUCGUCCGUGGAUUUAAAUACGAAAUCAAUGCAAACGGAUAAUUCUCGAGCUUGCGUUUAUUGGUGCAUGGACGUUAUGAAAGGAAAAACAAGCGAAACAAAUUAUUACGAAGAGGAAAUUUUAGGAAAAACCAAAAGCAGGAGCACCGACAUGUUGAACAUAACGGAAAAAAUCGAUAAAUCAUGUAGUUUACAUUUUGAAAAUGAAAACAAAGACGAAUGUGGUUCAGAACCGGAAGUACCGAACGAAAAAAUAAAUAUUAAAAAUGAUGAUGGCGAUGAUGACGUCAUUGAAAAGAAAGUAAAAAAUUCAUCGCCUUCGAAUUCUUCUUCUAGAAUAAAAAUUUCAAAGGAAACACCAUCAUCAUUAUCGGAAGUAGUUAACAGAACAAAAACAGAACAAAACGUCAUCAGUUUAAAAAAUAUGCAUUUUCUAAAAAGGAUAUUUAACGAUUUAGAAAUUUUUGGAAAAUCUGUAAAAGGUAACGGAAAUGAAGAAGAAAAUAAAGUAAACGGAAACGAUGAAACUUCGGUUAAAAAUUUCAUGGAAAAAAUCCCCGGAUCGAUGGAAGAAAAUUCUAAAGAACAUUUGAAAACCAUUUUCAAAGGUAAAGACAGCACGACGGAACUUGCAAUUGGAUUCAAAGACAUGCCGAUAAAUAACAUAUCCGUUGAAAAGAAAAAAUAUUCUGCCAAUCAUACGAAAAUAUCAAUAUCGAUGGUGGCAGCAACGGAAAAACCGGAAACGGUUAAAAGAAUCAAUUUCGAUUUGCAACCGAAAUUAAAAUUAUGUUCGCACGCGAUAAAAAACGUUUCCGAUGCAUUUUUCAAUAAUUUUCCGACGAGUGGUUUUUUCAAUAGUAAAAAAUCACAAAUUCAAGUUUCCGUGGAAAAUUCUACGACGGUAGGGGAAAAGAAAAAAAAUAAUAAUGAUGAUAAAAUCAAAUCGGAAAAUUUUAUUGAAGAUGAAGAUGACGACGAAGAAGAUUACAAAAGCGUCGGAUCGAAUUUAAGCCGAACGGAAUUGGGAGGAAGUGAGGAUGAAGAAAAAGAACCGGAAGAAGAUACGUUAUCAUUAAUAAAAAAAUCGUGUAAAAAGAAAAAUUCGAAAUAUUUACAGGCGACGACGACGACGACAAAUGCAACGAGCACGACAAUAACAACACGUAAAGGCGGUUCGACAAAGGAAACGACGAUCGUGAGUUUUACGGAAUUUAUGAAUAAAGAAUUGGAACCAUUGAAAAAAGCUCUGGCGGAAAUGCAAAGAAAAAUGAAAAACGUUAGAAAACAAUCCAUGUUGCACAGUUACGAAAAAUUAUUAAUAUCGAAAGAUCAUUACGAGAAAGCAUUGAAAUUGGCCAAAAUGUCCGCGGGUUAUUGUCAAAAUUGCGGAAGUCGUUCCGUCAUACCGGAAGACACGUUCGGUUUUUAUAAAAAUAUUUUAUCGACGAAUAAUAAAUGUUCGUCGAAUCACAGAUUGAAAUGUUUAAUGAAAAAUCCAAACGCGACGAGCUUUUAUUCAUUUCGUUCUAGCACGGAAUUAACGGAUAAUUGUUACGAUUUAAAUUUAAAUCAAAGUUCGUCUUAUUUAUUAGAAAGUCAAAAAAAAUCGUUAAAUAAUAUUACGUGUUUCGCUUACGAGAGUAUUUGA